AUGUCUCUCACAGACCCGACCCCAGAAGAAGCUCUUCAACUAUUCCAAUCGAUCGAAUCAUCCUUCCCUUCGAAGACACUCGGCGACGACAAAUGGUACAUUCUCGCUCUCGCUUCCAUCACAGCAGGCGGACAUUCCGAGUUUGCCGUCAAUCUCUACCAGUACCUCAUCUCGAAGCCAGAAUACAGCACGCCUGAGCAGCGUCAGGCUUUGAUGAGAAGGAUGAGAGAGGCAUUGAUGAAGCUUGUCAGCGUGGUGGGUGUGCCGAAGCCGCUGGAGGCGAUAUUUCAAAUUGCCGGUGUGGAGAGGGAAGAGGAUCGAGAUUACAGUUUUUUGAGGCAAAAUUGGCAAAACGGUCCCGAAAACCUCAAACGCGGCAUGGACUGGCUCUCUCAGAUCUAUCGCCAAAAUCACGCAGCCACUGCGAACACCCUAGCCUGCCACAAAGGCUUUGACUGGCUGAGCCGAGAGAUCACGUACGGUCUCUCCCUCUCCAACCAGACCAUUCUCGGACCCAUCGAGACCGAACUUGUGGUGCUUAGUGGCAUUAUGAUGCAGAAUCUGCCUCGUGAGACGGGGUGGCAUUUGAGGGGUACUAGGAGGAUUGGCGUAAGCAUGGAAGACGUGGAAACGAUUCAGCAGCAAAUCGAGAAAGUCGCGAAGUUCUGUGGCUUGACUUUGAACAAAGUGCCGAGGGUGAAGGAUAUCGAGCAUGAGGUUCCUUUCGAACCUGGGACACAGGCUGCUUGA